GCAGCGUAUGCCUCGCUUGCUUGUCGCAAAACGCAGUGACAAGGGGCGAUCCAGCAAUCCCAGUCAAAAGAACCAAAGCAGCACACGGGAUCGUGAUGUCUUUGAUGAGUGAAGGGGACACGCAUGUAAUACGACACUCUGCAGGAGAAGAAAAGAAAAACCAGAAAUCAAGAGACGCAAAUUAUACAAAGGGCACGGGAGGAGACAACCUUUCUCCAACAAGCACUGCUACCCCACGAGCACUUUACCUCUCUCCAAGACCCCAUCUCUGCCCUCCGCCCCCUCACCCAUCGUCCCUGGCACACUCCUUCCCACCAUCGCCACAGCAUGCCACAUGGUCCCCAUACACACCCGAAAAUAGUGGUGAUCGUGCUCCGCUCCCCUGGUUCACUGCGUUGCCCCUGCUUGAGAUCUGGCACAGAUGGCUCGAGUCUGCGCUGGGCGUCGUCAACGUCGCAGAGCGCCUCCCCCCCCCUUGUUUCUUAUCUGCCUGCACAGCGUGUGCUAUGCGGUUCCUGGUUCCGAAAAAGAUUCCAGGAUCCCGAAGCAACAAAAGGCCAGGAUCAGUGGUCGGGCAUGUUUCUGCCGAAUGGCGAGGGGGGCCAUGAAAAGGACCUUCCUGCAAGGAGACAAAGAGAGCCCCAGAGCAUGCGCCUCC